AUGACAUCGAUAAAUCAAUCGCAGACUAUCAAUACAGAUGUGCAAUCACUUAUUAAUAGAGCAGCUGAAUUAGUACUUAAUUGUGAUGCUAUUUUAUUUACUAGUGGUGCUGGAAUGGGUGUAAGUAGUGGACUUGGCACAUUUCGAGGUAUUGCAGCUGGUGUUUGGCCACCUUUACUGAAACAUCCUGAAUUCGAUUUUACUGAUAUGAGCAAUCCACAAUGGUUUGAACUACCACAAGGUAAUAGUGAAAAACAUAAUACAGCUAAUUUUGGUUAUGCAUUUUGGGCGUAUCGAUACAAUGCUUAUACGUCAUCUCUUCCACAUGUUGGUUAUGAAAUUGCUAAACGAUGGAGUAAUUUCAAUAAUAUUAAAUAUGCAUUUAGUUUUACUAGUAAUAUCGAUGGUCAUUGGAUAAAAUCAGAUUGGAAUGAAUCAGAAGUUCUUGAAUGUCAUGGAUCAGUAAAUUAUAUGCAAUGUAUUGAUAAAUGUUGUCAACGUAUAUGGAAUACUGACAAUGCAUUGAAUCUUGAAGUUGAUCCAAAAACAGAUUGUGCUAUUGGCAAUUUACCACAAUGUCAUGAUUGUAAGAAAUUAGCAAGACCAAAUGUACUCAUGUUUGGUGAUUGGAAAUUUUUAGAUAUAAGAUUAAAUGAACAAACAUCUCAUUAUGACACAUUUAAAUCAAAUAUUACUAAGAUAAAAGCUAAAUUAUUAAUUAUAGAAUUGGGUGCUGGUACAGCCGUUCCUACUGUAAGAUGCGAAAGUGAAAGGGCAUUUACUGAUCAAAAGUGGACAGCUGAUUUUAUUCGUAUCAAUCCACUAGCAGAACACUCGAUGGUUGAUGAUUAUUACAAAAAGAAAAGUAAUGGAAAAACCAUCGAAAUAGCUCUUGAUGCCUUAACAGCUUUACAAUUAAUCGAUGAAGCAAUCAUGAAGAUAUCGAAACAUUAA